ACAGGUCGCUGUAGCUGGAGCGCAGUUGUGAAGACGGCCGUGGACGCGAACAGAACAGCGCACAUAUGCUCUCGCAGCGCAAGAUCUCUAAGGAUUAUAGCCGCUGCAAAGGACCCUCGCUGUGCCUUUUGGAGGAACCAAUUCACUGUGGAUAUACUUACAAGAAAGGAAUAAAAAGAGGGGAUUAGGAAAGGGGUGAACAUCCAUAGCCAUGGAUGGGAUGAAGAUAUACCUGGUGUGUGGUGUUAUCUGUGUGGGAAUGGUCUCAGCGAUGGCUGAUCUGUUCUCAUCCAUGGGGAUGGAAGAACCAACCCGUGAGCUGGAGCCUAAUUCCCUCAUCAACGUCAGCUGCUCGGCUGACUCGGAAAUAGUUUGGGAUGCACCAGUUCUGAAAGAUGCCAUAAUUACUUCUGACGGUUUCACCUCAACUCUCCUAAUUUACAACGCUACUGUAAAUCACACCGGCUAUUAUGAAUGCAAAUAUGGGAGCGAACAGACGGAUAUCUAUAUAUAUGUCAAAGAUCCUUCCAUCCUGUUUGUCCCAGAUGGACCAGAAGACUGGGUUGAUGAGGGGGAUGAUGGUCUCGUUGCGUGCCGUACAUCGCAGCUGACAUAUCAUGUUGAACUGAUAAAAAUCCCCAGUAAAGAGAAAAUCCCAGGAUUUUAUGACCCCAGAAUGGGGUUUAUAGGUGUAUCUCCUGGCAAGUAUCAGUGUGAAGCCACAUUAGAUGGCCGGACUUUCACAAGUGCCAUCUACACCGUAAGAGAAAAGAAACCCAGUGAGGCGAAUGACUUUGAAAUAAAGGUCAGUGCUAGUGAAGAGAUGAUAAGAGUUGGGCAGCCCUUGAACAUCUCCUGCAUCAUACCCUUGGGCCCAUCCUUUCAUCAGCAGUGGAUCUAUCUCAAAACACAGGCUGUAAAUGCAUUCCGGACAGAGUUAACUCUUAUGGACAAGGUCAUCCACACUUUGAGUAUCCCACAAGCCACGGUUCAGGACGGCGGCAGCUAUGAGUGCUCGGUCAGGAAUGAGGCCAGUGGAAAAGCCAAAGCGGGCAGAGUGGCUGUAACUGUGUUCGAGGAUAACUCCUUUUUAACCCUGGAUCCUAGAGGGAUUCUGCAGACAGAGUUUGUCACAAUUUUUGAAGAGACACAGUUCACAAUCUACAUUAAUGCAUACCCAACUCCUAAAGUUUCAUGGAUGAAAGAUGACCAAGCACUAACAGAGGACUUUUACAUUUUCACAAAAUUUAGUCGCAUUGAGGGGAAUCGGUAUCAGAGCACUAUAACAUUCCGAGUACCUAUGGAGAAGGAUAAUGGAAAUUACACAAUAACAGCCAUAAGUGGCACACAAACUGCUCACUUCUCAUUUAUUCUCAAAAUGACAGCUACCAGACUUGAUAUCAGACCCUCCUCCGCCCCCCUUCUGCAACCAGACCUGGAAGAAAUGGUUGUUCCCCUCCACUCGUCUUUCACUUUAACAUGUCGUGGAGGCACAAAACUUGUAUGGGACACACCAUUCCAUAGGGUGGAACAAUCACAGGUGGACCGCGGCGUUUUUGUCUCCACCAUAACUGUGGACAUAGCAACAUUAAUGCACACUGGUUAUUACACUUGCCAAUAUAGUGGCAACAUCACAGAGGAAGCCGAGGCAAGCAGCAUUUACAUCUAUGUACCAGAUCCAGACUCUCCCUUCCUGCCAGCAUACAUAUACCAUCUGCCGCCUGAGCGAAGUGAUGUUGAGAUUCCAUGUAGGGUGUCUGAUCCCAGUGCCAUAGUGACACUGGUCAAUGUUGACACCAACCAACCUGUGCCUUGUAUGUAUGAUAGUAAACAGGGCGCUUUAGGAACAUUUUCUGCAGGAACUUAUGUAUGCAAGGCCAUAAUAAAUGGAGAGGUGCACACCAGUGAAGAGUACAUCGUCCAGGAUUCAAUAGAUAUGUUGCAAGUUAAGCUCUAUGCCGAAAGAACUGCUCUGCUCGUUGGAGAAACAAUAACUGUCAACUGUCUGGCUCAAGGACCUUACCUACUCGAAGAUAACUGGAAAUACCCUGGCAAACUGGCUAAUCGUGGUACAAAAACUGUACGAGAAAGCAGGAAAGAUAGAGAGAUUCUGUACACCCUGACGAUCCCACAUGCCUCAACCAAAGACAGCGGCAACUACUCAUGUUCCAUUACUACUGUGGCGUCUAGAGAGACCCAGACAAAGGAAAUAGCUAUUCAAGUUUUUGCCGGUGAGUUUUUAACGAUCAACCCGGACUUUCAGCACCAUGAAUCUGCAAGACUGGAUGAGGUCCGGGAGUUAAGCGCUACAAUAUCCUCCUUUCCCGAUGCCCAUGUUACUUGGUUCAAGGAUGGCAUUCCACUCAAUGAUGUGACCGCUGAGUUCUCCACUAAUCUGCAGAAGACAAGUGAGACAAGCUACAGAAGCGUUCUCACCCUGAUCCGGGUGAGGGAGGAGGACAGUGGGAACUACACCAUGCGAGUGGAGAAUGGAAACCAAAGCCAUGAAGUCAGCUUACACCUGGUGGUUAAAGUGCCAGCAGUCAUUGUGGAUCUUAUGGACCUCCACCAUGGUUCAGCCACAGGACAAUCAGCAGUGUGCAUUACCAGGGGGCAACCCACUCCCGUUGUAGAGUGGUUCAUAUGCAAGAACAUUAAACAAUGUGCCAAUGACACGUCUUCUUGGGCGCCUCUACCCACCAACUCCACAGAGAUCACGAUGGAGUCGCACCUGGAUGAAAAGAGCAAUCUGGAGGCCCAAGUGAUGUUUGGUCAUCUGGAAAGCACUCUGUCAGUCCGAUGCUUUACCAAGAAUGAACUGGGUGUAGAUAGCAGGGAGAUCAAACUGGUGUCCACUGGCCCUCACCCUGAGCUGACGGUAGCUGCCGCAGUGCUGGUUCUACUGGUCAUUGUCAUCAUCUCACUCAUUGUCUUGGUUGUUAUCUGGAAGCAGAAACCACGGUAUGAGAUCCGCUGGAGGGUCAUAGAAUCUGUGAGUCCGGACGGCCAUGAGUACAUCUAUGUAGAUCCCAUGCAGCUUCCCUACGACUCCAGAUGGGAAUUUCCCCGAGAUAGACUUGUGCUUGGUCGGAUCCUGGGCUCUGGAGCCUUUGGAAAGGUGGUUGAAGGCACCGCCUAUGGACUCAGCUGUUCUCAGCCUGUAAUGAAGGUGGCAGUGAAAAUGCUGAAACCCACAGCUCGCUCCAGUGAAAAGCAGGCUCUGAUGUCUGAACUGAAGAUCAUGACUCACCUUGGACCCCAUCUCAACAUUGUAAACCUUUUGGGAGCAUGCACCAAGUCAGGCCCUAUCUACAUUAUCACUGAGUACUGCUUCCAUGGUGACCUGGUCAACUAUCUACACAAGAACAGGGAGAGCUUCCUCAGCUUGAGUCCUGAGAAAAACAAGAAGGAGCUGGAUAUCUUUGGGAUCAAUCCUGCAGAUGAGAACAGCAGGAGUUAUGUGAUUCUGUCCUUUGAGAGCAGAGGAGACUACAUGGAUAUGAAACAGGCAGACAACACUCAGUAUGUACCAAUGCUGGAGAUGAGCACAAACUCCAAGUACACAGACAUCCAUGGUCCGAACUACGACCACCCUCCAUCACAGAAAGGCUCUGGCGAAUCUGAGAUGGACAACCUGCUGUCGGAUGACACGAGUGAAGGUCUCACCACCACCGACCUGCUUAGUUUUACCUACCAGGUGGCCAAAGGAAUGGAGUUUCUUGCUUCCAAAAAUUGUGUGCAUCGGGAUCUCGCAGCCAGGAACGUCCUUCUCUCUCAGGGCAAAAUUGUCAAGAUCUGUGACUUUGGGCUGGCCAGAGACAUCAUGCAUGACAACAACUAUGUCUCUAAAGGAAGCACCUUUUUGCCAGUGAAGUGGAUGGCACCAGAAAGUAUUUUUGACAACUUAUACACCAGUCUUAGUGAUGUUUGGUCAUACGGCAUACUCCUCUGGGAGAUCUUCACCCUUGGUGGCACACCGUACCCUGGGAUGGUGGUAGACUCCAGUUUCUACAACAAGAUCAAGAGCGGAUACCGAAUGUCAAAGCCUGAACAUGCACCUCAAGAUGUGUAUGAGAUGAUGAUGAAGUGCUGGAACAGCGAGCCAGAGAAAAGGCCUUCCUUCAUGGGUCUGAGUGAGAAUAUGGCGUCUUUGCUGCCCUCCAGCUACAAGAGACAUUACGAGAAAGUGAACCUUGAGUUCCUGAAGAGUGACCACCCUGCUGUCACCAGAGUAUGCAUGGAGACUGACUCAGGCUACGUUGACAUACCGUACAAGAACCAGGGCAAGCUAAAGGACAGGGAAAGCGGCUUCGACGAACAGCGACUGAGCUCAGACAGUGGCUACAUUAUUCCCCUCCCCGAUCUGGACCCUAUAUCCGAUGACGAGUAUGGAAAAAGGAACAGACACAGCUCUCAAACAUCUGAGGAGAGCGCAAUUGAGACUGGCUCAAGUAGCUCCACUUAUGCUAAGCGUGAGGGUGAGACCCUGGAGGACAUCACUCUGCUGGACGAGAUGUGUCUGGACUGUAACGAUCUGGUGGAGGACAGCUUUCUGUGACAGCUGCCGAACCAAAGGGUGGCAAUGGGCAGAGCUGCAAGGACAUGGGACAGCAGAGCGAGACCUGUAAAUCAGCCAAAAACUCUAGCCAUGCCACUCCUUCUACAAGGACAGAACAAAACCACUUGCCAGUCUCUGUGAGUCAGAGGUGACGUAAGGUACGCCCAUCACUUCUCCGCGGACAAAGACCCUUCUUGGGCUGGAGAUGUGGACGAGCAAUAAUGAAAAUGGGACUGAAAGAAGGGAGGAGGCUAACGUUUGUGUUUGACCCAUCCAGAUCAAACAGUUAAAAAAAAAACAUCUUCAUUUUAUAAAGCUUUAUUGUGUUGGGCAUUUUUUAACUACAGUAUAAGCAAGAAGGAACAAAUCAAGAACUUCACAACUCUUACAAUAUACCACUACAAAUGCACUAUUAUUGCUAUACGAUUCCAUUACCAGGAACUGUAUUAUGAGGAAGUAAGACCUUUUACAGUUGAAGCACCUGAUGCUGGCACAAUCAGUAGCAAAACCUUGAGUUUAAGCACAACAUUUGGACUGAGUGCAUCUUUUUCUCUGUGACUACAUAAUGUUUUAAAUAGCUAAGUACAUGCAGUAGUUCAAAUUUAUUUUUUUACGUCACUGGUGUAAGAACAUGUAUUAUUGUGAAACAAGCAGGUAGUAACCAAUCAUAUCUGUCUGAAUGGGCGUGAGAAGAGCUUCUUAGUUGCAUUAGUCUUUGUAUUGCCUGUCCACUUUGGCCC